CUAGCUUAUCUGCUGGAAAGUCCAAGCUGACCUGGUGGAAAGUCAUAACUGCUCUACUAGAAAGUGCUAUCUGACCUUCUGAAAAGUCCUACCUGAUCUGCUGGAAAAUCCUAUCUGACCUCUUGGAAAGUCCUACCUGAUCUGCUAGAAAGUCCUGGCUUGCUUGCUGAGCCGGGAGCCCCACCGCUGGUGAAGAAUGAACUCGUCGAUGGAUUACUUCCCCGAGGACCUGGAUCUGGAUCUCGACCUGGACUACUGGAAUUUCUCCGACUUCAACAUCUCCGACUACGGCGAUCAGAAAAAUCCUGCCCUAUUUUCCGCCUUUUACGUCUUGGUCUGCCUGGUGGGCCUUGUUGGGAACGCCUUGGCCGUCUACGUCGUCUUGAGACACAGACAUAUGUGGUCCGCCAUCAACAUCUACGUCUUCAACAUUGCUUUAGGAGACCUGGUCUAUAUGCUCUGCCUGCUGCUGUUUGCUGUCGAGACGGCGCACUCCUUUUGGCCCAUGGGCGUGUUCUUGUGCAGAGUUUUUUGGGCUUUGUCGACUUUGAUUUCCUUCUCCAGCAUCUACUUCUUGGUCAUUAUGUCAAUAAGUGAAUGCGUACGCGCCUAUUUCCCCGUGUUCUCCGUCAAGAAGCUUGGCCUCAAAGCGGCCCUGGUGAUCAGCAUCUGUACCUGGGUCAUCUGCUUAUUGUUGGGUAUUCCGUUUUUCAUGUACGCUUAUGUAGACUCCUUCAACUCUUGCAAGAUUUGGUCGGAACCCUCCACCAUCUGGUCCAUCGCUAUCACCUGUUAUCAGCUGGUUAUGACCUUUGCUUGGCCUUUGUUGUUAAUCUGUAUCAGUCUCAUUCUCACCGCAGGUCAGGUGAGGGCCCAGAAGAACAUGGCCGACUCCCCGCAGGCUUCGGCCAAGGAAGGGGUGGUAUUGGUUUUUGGCCUUACUCUUGUGUACGUCAUCAUUUGGCUUCCGAUGAACGUUCUCGAAAUUAUGUCCGCGCUCGGAGCUGUGAAGGAGCUCAGCAUGGUGACCUACUACCUUCUCUCCAUCGUGCCUUACCUAAAAUGCUGCGUCUACCCCAUCAUGUACGGCUUUCUAUCUCCAAGCUUCAAAGAGUGUUUCAUGAAGGUCCUCUGUUGCUCGAAAGCUGAGGAAGCUGGCAGACCUCCAGAGUGUUCCACCGAAAAACACGAUGAGAAGUCCCUGAACUGUUGAACUUUUUUAUCCUCUGUUUAGGUUCUACGGCAUCUUGGUGGAAACCCACUGAGCCUCUUCAAACCGUACCCACUUAUUACUCGUGGUCGCAACUUCUGUAAAUAAUGGCCAAUGAAAGAAUUUAUCUGGACACUUUGUUUACGUUGAAUCCAUUCUUUUUCUCUAGAAAUGUUAUCUUUCCAUUUACCUUAAAACAAGAACGUUCUAUCAGUAGAUGGGAAGAAUUGUCUUCUAGAAGGUCAUAAUUUAGCUUGUGGGGACAGGAAGAAUUCACUAUUUUGGAGCUCUGGGCCUUGUAGCCUUUGGCUGUCGUAUCUAAUAUUUCAUCCCAUCCCAGAGUGGGAGUCGCAGGAGAAAAAGAAAGAGCCGAAAUAAUUAUAUUUUGUUUUGUCUAGAAAUUAUUUUAAUCUUUUACGGCUGCAGGGAAUAAAACAGAGCUUGCAAACUUCCUGGCCGAAGGAAACUCUGAUCCUCCAAGCCUGACGUAUAGAUCAAAAUACAUUACGCGGCAGAAAGAUUGCAUCUCCACUGUGUAUAAAAACUCUAC